AUGAAAUUCGUCAUUGUUUUUGUUGCUCUCUUCGCUGUCGCCUUUGCCGCCCCAGCUGAUUCUGAUGCGCAAGUCGUGCGUUUCGACUCCGACGUGAAAGCCGAUGGAUUCAACUACGCUUAUGAGACUAGCAAUGGUAUCAAGGAAAAUGCUGAUGCUGUCCUCAACGACGUAGGAAGCGAAACCGAGGCCAUUGCUGUCCGUGGCUCAUACAGUUUCGUUGGUGAUGAUGGCGUAACCUACACCGUCAACUACAUCGCCGAUGAGAACGGCUUCCAACCCCAGGGUGCUCAUUUGCCCGUUGCCCCAGUGGCAUAAGUUGCUAAGAAUUUGACUGCAAUCUAAACAAUUUUAUGUAUUUGUUAUAAUUUUACGAGUCCCAACGGUUUUCUAAAAAUCUUGUUAUAUUUGCAAUCGCCUUGUAGUCCUGAUACAAGUGAGAGCUAUUUUGAUUUGUUGUUGUACUUGUUAGAAAAACAUGUGCGGCCAGUGUGAUCAGCUGUUUGUUCCUAGUUUAAGCAAUUAGAAGA